UUUGCAGCAAACAGCAAUUCGCAAUCGCUUUCUCCCAGAGCUCAGCGCAGACGAAGAACAAUGCAGGCCGUUACGAGGCGUCUAGGGCAACAAUCUUUCAAUCCGUCUUCACCUUCAAUUUCAGCUCUCAAGUCUUCCUAUCUGCUCUCCGAUCAAUGCUAUGGAAUUGGAACUCCGCGCUAUGCAUCUAACCUCACUGCCAAAGGUACUGGACACAUAGUUCGCAAGGGAACUGGAGGGAGAUCAUCUGUGAGUGGAAUUGUUGCUACAGUGUUUGGGGCAACAGGAUUUCUUGGGCGGUACCUAGUGCAGCAGCUUGCUAAAAUGGGUUCUCAAGUUUUGGUACCUUUCCGAGGAUCUGAAGAUUGUCAUCGUCAUCUCAAGUUAAUGGGUGAUUUGGGUCAGAUUGUUCCAAUGAAAUACAACCCCAGAGAUGAAAAUUCAAUAAAAGCAGUGAUGGCAAAAGCUAAUGUUGUUAUCAAUCUUAUCGGAAGGGAGUACGAGACAAGGAAUUACAGCUUUGAGGAAGUCAACCACUAUAUGGCUCAACAGCUUGCUUCAAUUGCCAAAGAACACGGUGGAGUUUUGAGAUUUAUACAGCUUUCAAGGUUGGGGGCAUCUCCAACAUCCCCAUCCAGAAUGCUUAGGGCUAAAGCUGCAGCUGAGGAAGCUAUUUUACAAGAAAUUCCCGAGGCAACAAUAUUGAAGCCUGCUGUAAUGAUUGGUACUGAGGAUAGAAUUCUAAAUCCUUGGGCACAAUUUGCGAAGAAUUUUGGCUUUAUCCCAUUAAUUGGAGAUGGCUCUACAAAAAUCCAACCUGUAUAUGUUGCUGAUGUUGCAUCUGCAGUUAUUGCAUCACUGAAAGAUGAUGGUACCAGCAUGGGAAAAGUUUAUGAACUUGGUGGACCGGAAAUUUACACUAUGCAUCAAUUGGCAGAGCUUAUGUAUGACAUGAUCCGUGAAUGGCCUCGCUAUGUUAAGGUUCCUUUCCCUAUUGCUAAGGCAAUUGCUACACCUCGAGAAGUACUGCUCAAGAAAGUUCCCUUUCCAUUGCCAACUCCCUCAAUAUUUAACCUGGAUUUGAUUGAAGCCCUUACCACUGAUACUGUUGUGUCAAAAGAUGCUUUGACAUUUGAUGAUCUUGGGAUUGUCCCCCAUAAGCUGAAGGGCUAUCCAGUUGAGUAUCUUAUCCAAUAUCGUAAAGGUGGACCUCAAUAUGGUUCAACAGUUAGUGAAAGAGUAUCCCCCGAGUCUUAUCCAUGAGAUCCUUCACAUCUUCAGUUUGAACAUUUUCCGUUGUUAGAGCAGAACUCUUCCCUGCUUGCUUGAGUCAAACAAGGGAAUAAUAAAGACAUGGAGAAUUCUUCUUCAGCAACCUGAUAACCCGUACAGUGCUGAUAAACUCUCUACUUAGCUGUGUGGUGCUUGACCAACACCGAGGACUUUUAGAGAAAUGCAUGUAUAAUUGCGCCUAACGUUUUGAUGGCUAUGUACCUUCUUCCAUUUAAUUUCCUCUGCAUUAUUUCUUUUUGACGAUAUGUGCAUGAAGAAGAUCACAGGGGGAACAAAAUGAUAUCCCUUUAAUUCUCUUACAAGUUUGCUAUGCUGCCAAUGUUGUUAUGCCAGUUGAGAUUCAUAUUUAUGUUUGCAUUUUAACUUCCAAAA